AUGCCGCCAGCUCGUACCGCCGGACCAGCCCAACCGGUCCAGCCAAUGGUGGCGUCGCCUCCAACUGGGUCAAUGAUUCCACCAACCCAAUCUCUAUCCUCUGCUACUGCUGCUUCAGCUUCUUCCUCCCGUCGCCCGUCACCUAUUUAUCCACAAAAUCAUCACCGAAAGUACCGAACAUCACCUGUGAAAACCACGUGCAGUCGGUCGAUGUCUCUGGAGAGAAAGGUCUACAAAAUCGUGUUGACCGGAGGACCAUGUGGAGGAAAAACAACAGCUCAGGUCCGUCUUGCUACAUUCUUCGAGAAUCUCGGGUGGAAAGUGUUCACUGUUCCGGAGACAGCAACCAUACUUCUCGGAGGACGUGUCAAAUUUUCGGAACUCGAUGCCCAGCAGUCAUACAUCUUCCAACGUGAUCUUCUCGCCACAAUGCAUCAAAUCGAGAACACUUUCUUCAAUCAAGCAUCCGCUAUCAAGGAUCGAAACGUUCUUGUUAUCUGUGACCGUGGUUGUAUGGAUCCAUCUGCCUACUCUUCUCCAGAGGAUUGGUCUCAAAUGCUCAAAGAUUUGCAUUAUGAAGAGUUCGAUCUUCGAUGCUCCCGUUACGAUCAAAUCGCUCAUUUGGUAACUGCAGCUGACGGAGCUGAGAAGUAUUAUACACUUGCUAACAAUGCAACGAGAAGUGAGGGAAUUGGACAUGCAAUGGAGCUGGAUAAACGUACUCGAUCUGUCUGGAUUGGGCAUCCAUAUAUGGAUAUUAUCGAUAAUAAGAAUACUUCGAACUUUGACGAUAAAGUCAACAAGUUGAUUCAGGUUGUCUGUGAUCGUACUGGAAUCCGCUCUGGAGAUCGCCUCGCCAAGGAUUCGAAGAAACGAAAGUGGCUUGUAGAAGCUGUGGAUUGGGCAAAUUUCGGAAAAUUCGAAGAGUUCGAAAUCGAGCACUUCUACUUGCUCUCCGAUGAAUCCAACAUUCAACAUCGCUUCCGUCGUCGUACCCAGAAAGGACGCUCGACUUUCACACUGACGUCUCGUGAAUAUUUCAAAGAAUCUGGAGAUUCGAUUGAGACUCGUAUGAAUGUUCUCACAAGAGAUUACAACACUUACGUCAACAUGAAAGACAAGAGCAGAGCAUCAAUUUUCAAGAAGAGAAGAUGCUUCAUGUAUGGAAACAUGUAUUUCAAUAUGGACAUCUACUCGGAUCCAUUGCCACCACAAGCCAACGGAAAUCAUCUGAUUUUCUUGGAGACUUAUACUACCGUUCCAAAGGGAACUCCAUUGCCAGAUGGGGCUAUGCCACCGUUUUUGACUAUUCAGAAGGAAAUCACUGGUGAGAGUCAGUACUCGAUGUACUCGUUGUCCAAAUACACCAAGACGGCCAACAAGAACGAGUUCGCUGGAGCCGACAAGUACAAGGACGAUUAA